AUGCUUCUUCUCGACUAUCAAAACGUGCUGAUCCAGUCUGUGCUGACAGAGCGCUUCUCGGGGGCCCCGCCUGUGAACAUAGACCAAACGGUCUCCGACUUCGACGGUGUUACCUUCCAUAUUUCAACUCCCGAAACCAAAUCGAAGAUCUUGGUUUCCAUUCAAGUCAGAUGCUACAAUGAGCUCUUGAAAUACGGCGCGCAACAAAUCCUAGAACGGGAAUAUGGCCCUUAUGUCGUUGCGCCGGAAGCCGGGUACAACUUCUCUGUUCAGGUUGACUUGGACAGUCUCCCAGAUGAUAAAGAAGCUCGAGAUGACCUGAUUCGUCGAGUAUCGUUACUGAAACGUAACGCAAUGGCAGCACCAUUUGAGAAUGCAUUUGAUGAGUAUCACAAAUUAUCUGAGGAAGCUUCCAAAUUCACAUCCGAGGAGGCCCCUCAGGGCGUUCAGGAAGGCGGUGAAGUCAAGGCCAUUCAUUACCGUGAUGAAGAAGCAAUCUACAUAAAAGCCAGUCAUGAUCGAGUCACGGUCAUUUUCAGCACCAUAUUCCGAGAGGAGACAGAUAGAGUCUUUGGCAAGGUUUUCAUUCAAGAAUUCGUUGAUGCUCGGAGGAGAGCUAUCCAGAAUGCUCCUCAGGUAUUAUUUAGGACAGAUCCUCCCCUUGAACUCCAAGGUGUACCCGGUGUCAACAACAACGGUGGUGGGGAGAUUGGUUAUGUAACUUUUGUCCUUUUCCCAAGGCACUUGACUCGCCAGAGGCGAGACGACGUUAUUUCACACAUUCAGACUUUCCGGGAUUACUUCCAUUAUCACAUCAAGGCUUCGAAAGCAUAUAUCCACUCAAGAAUGCGCAGACGUACAGCCGACUUCCUACAAGUUCUUCGACGAGCACGGCCAGAGAACGAAGAAAAGGAGCGAAAGACGGCGAGUGGGCGAACCUUCAAGGUGCAAGGGAGUUAA